AUGUCCCGGCUUCAUGUGUUGAAGAUCUGCGGCAUUCGUUCGUUCGACAACAACCAGGAACAACAUAUCAAGUUUGAAACCCCGCUAACCCUCAUCGUGGGCCAAAAUGGCUCAGGAAAGACUACCAUCAUCGAGUGCCUCAAGUUUGCCUUCACCGGUAUGCAACCUCCCAACACGAAAGUGGGAGGUGCCUUCGUCCAUGACCCCAAAUUGAACGGUGACAGCCAGGUCAAGGCGUCGGUCCAAGUUUCCUUCAAGUCGGCCAGUGGAGCGGCGCUAACUGUUUCUCGGCGGCUGGAACUCAACGUCAAAAAGACCACACGUUCCUUGAAGACGUUGGAAUGCUCGUUGGUCGUGAGCAGGCGCGGCGAGAGAACUGUCAUGUCAUCCCGGGUGGCCGAACUGGAUUUGAUCCUUCCAGAAUAUCUCGGUGUCUCCACCGCCAUCAUUGACAAUGUCAUCUUUUGCCAUCAAGAUGAAAGUUACUGGCCUCUGAGUGAUCCCACCACCCUAAAAAAGAAAUUCGAUGAGAUCUUUGAGGCACAAAAGUAUACAAAGGCAAUCGAGAACAUCAAGCAGAUCCGGAAGAAGCACAAUGAGGAAUUAGGCAAGUACAAAAUCUUGGAGGAGCACGCGAAAUUGGACAAGGAUCGAGCCCUCAAAGCCCAAAAGAGAAAAGAAGCUCUUUCAGAUGAGAUAGAGACACUCCGGAAGAAAAGUGAGGAACUGGAGAAAAGGAUAUCUCACGCUCGUCGGAUGGCAGACGAGACUUGGAGGAAGGGCGAAGAAUAUUCGAAGAUCCUCGGCGCGCUGGAAGGGAAACGGAUCGAGGCCCAAGGCAGACAAUCUACCAUCAACGAUCUCAAGCUCCACUUGGUGGAAGUUGCUGAGACUGACGAGUGGCUACAAACGACCUUGUCACAAUUCCAAACCCGACAAGAGGAGCUAGCGGCCGAGCUGAGUCGGGAGCAAGAGGCAUACAUCGAGCAACAAGACCAGAUGAAAUUUCUGGGUCAACAGCGAGAGGAGAAGGUGAAGUUAAAGGGCAAGUACGAACAAGAGAAGGAGGCACACGAGCGUCACCUUGAAAGACGCAAACAGAUGGUGAGAGAAGCUGCAGCGAAACAUCAAAUGCGGGAGUACGAGUACUUGGACGAUGACACCCAGGUCGAAGACUUUCUGGCCAAAAUCAAGAAGAUCUCCAAACAUCAAAAAGAAAGUCUUGAUCGGGUUAAGCUCGAACACACCGCGCAGCGACGGGACGCGCAGACUCUGAUCAACAAACUGACCGAGCGAAAGUCGGCCCUUCAGGAACAAAGAGCCACUGCAAGAAGACAGAUGGACUCGAAUGACCGCGAAGCUGCAGAGUUUCAGAGGAGAGUUAAUCAGAUCACGGCCGAUGAGGGCAGCAAGGCAGUAGCUGAGUCGCGUAUUGACGAUCUUCAAAAAGAACUGCAAAAGACACGUGAGGCUGCGGAAGCGGCCGACUGGGACAGGAAGAUCCAGAGCGCAAAUACAGAGCUCCGAGGGUUCGAGGACGUGAGCUCCAGACUGAGGGAUGAAAUGGUUCGAUCCUCAAACAAGGCACAGGAGCUCGCGAAAUUGUCUUACUCGAAGCAAGCCUUGAAGGACCAACAGAAGCGGCUUGACACCUUGCUAAAUGCUCACAGUGACCGGAUCACAGUUCUCCUUGGCAAUGGAACAUGGUCUGCUGAUACGAUCGAAGAAGCUCACCAGGACAACCUCAGAAGCGCAUCAAAUGAAGUUUUGGCGGCUGAACGAGAAAGAGAUUCGAUCAACAGAGAGUUGGAACAGCUUCAAUUUAAGCAGAAAACCGUGCGCAAAGACCUCUCGGGCAAGGAGAGCGAGGUCAAGAUGUGUGAACAACAACUCCGCGCUGUUAUCGAAGACGGCCCCGAGGGCUAUGAAGAAGCACUGAAACAAGCAGAAGAAAACGUCAAAGAAGCCAGAGAGAACAGCUCAGGUUUCAGCGGUCUUCACGAUUACUACCAGCAAGUCCUCGACGCCUGUUCGGGAGACAAGCCAGCGUGUCGCACUUGUAUGCGGGGUUUCACAGCCGGCAGUAAAACAUUAGCGGAUUUUCGAGAGCGUAUCAACAAGUUGAUUGCGAAGACGAAGGCGCACGCAGAACAGUCCGACCCUGAAGCGGCGGAAGUAGAAUACAAGCGUGUUCUAGAUCUUGGUGUUGUUCAUCAAACCUGGAAGAAGCUCGUUGACUCUGAAAUUCCAGCUGCUACGCGCGAGACGGCUGAUCUGGAUGCUCAGCGACAGGCUCUGUUGGCCAAGUUGGAGAAUCAUGACAAGAACGUGGUCCAAAAGCAGCAGGUCAAGCGUGAUAUCGAGUCCAUCGGUCAAAUUGUCUCUUCAAUCAGUAAAUGUGACAUCGAAAUUAAAUCGCUGACCACCCAGGUGGAGGAAUUGUCUGCCAAACAGAGCCAACAAAGCAAUACACGGACAUUGGAAGAGAUUCAAGAGGAGUUGAGUUCAACUGACCAAAAUGCUCGAGGAAUGCAAAAUGCCAUCGACCGACUGAGAACCGAGCAAGAGCAAUCUCGAGCCGGCAUCUCCAGCAUGGAGCUUGAGCUACGCGACCUGAAAAGCGUAUUGAAUGAUAUUAUAUUCCAGCUUGACAAGAAAGCUGCGCUCGCGGCCCGGGUGGAGGAAUUCCGAGCAAACAACCAAAAGCAGCAAGAGAUCAUGGAGAAUCUCAUCGAGGAAAUCGAGAAGCUAGACCCUCAGAUUGCGACUGCCCAGGCCAAAUACGAGGAUGUUGAUCAGCGUGCAACUGCCAGAGAACGCGAAAUGUCAGAAGAACUCUCCAGCUUGAGCGACACGGUCAACAACCUGGAUCUCCUCAACGACCAGAUCCAGGCCUACGUGGUCCGUGACGGGCCAAAUCAACUGGGGCGUGUCAACCGGGAACUCAAGAGUCUGGAGCAGGAGCUGGAGAAUCUCCAGAGCGAGCAAAGCCGACUUACGCGCGAAAUCAACAAAACCAAUGAACGCAUCCGGGAUGGUGAGUCUACACGGAGACGGUAUUCUGACAAUCUUCGAUUUCGACAAGAGAGCCGGGCUCUUGCACGCCUGCAAAAGGAAAUUGAGGAGCUUGAAGGACAUAACGCCGAAGUUGACCGCGACCGAUUCCAGCAGGAAUCACAAAAGUACAGCAUGGAAUACAACAGACUCUCCACGCUCCAAGGCGGUCUCAUGGGUGAAGUCAAGUCUAAGGAUAAUCAGCUCUCGGAAAUCCUGGAGGACUACAAGACGGAUCUGAAGGACGCCCCGCAACGGUACAAGGAAGCUCACAUCAAGGUAGAGGCAACCAAAGCGGCUGUAGAAGAUCUUGGACGAUAUGGGGGAGCUUUGGACAAGGCAAUCAUGAAAUACCACAGCCUCAAAAUGGAGGAGAUCAACACCAUCAUUGAGGAGCUGUGGCGCAAGACGUACCGUGGCACUGAUGUGGACACAAUCCUGAUUCGAGCGGAGAAUGAGUCGGGGAGAGGCAAUCGAUCGUACAACUAUCGGGUGGUUAUGGUCAAGAGAGGUGCAGAAAUGGACAUGCGAGGCCGCUGCAGUGCCGGCCAGAAAGUCCUCGCAAGCAUCAUCAUCCGUCUCGCCCUGGCGGAGGUGUUCAGCACACACUGCGGACUGAUUGCGCUGGAUGAGCCCACCACGAAUCUCGACCGCGACAACAUCGAAAGUCUCGCCCAGUCGCUGAAGGAGAUCAUCGAGUACCGACAGCAACAGUCCAACUUUCAGCUCGUGGUGAUCACCCACGACGAAGACUUUUUGCGACAAAUGGAAUGUUCAAAAUUCACGGGGACCUAUUACCGAGUGUCGCGAGACUCGGCCCAAAACUCGAUCAUCGAGCGACAAAGCAUCGCAGAAGUUCUGUGA